AUGGGUGUUACUAAGACUACCAUUUCAGAAGGCAAUGGACCUAUCCCAAAAGUCGGCGACACCGUCACGAUCCAGUACACUGGCUUCUUGAAGGAUCCUUCCAAGCCAGACCAGAAGGGCACUCAAUUCGACUCCUCCGUUGGUCGCGGCCCAUUUGUUGUUGCCAUUGGUGUAGGAAAGGUCAUCAAGGGCUGGGACGAGGGUGUUACUACCAUGAAAGUUGGCGAGAAGGCAACUCUGGAUAUCACCUCUGACUACGCAUAUGGUGACCGUGGCUUCCCGGGACACAUUCCAGCCAACGCUUCUCUCAUCUUUGACGUUGAGCUUCAAAAAAUCAACUAG